AGCUCCUGUGUCCUGGGGCUAUUAGCCAUCUUGGCUCAUGAGGUACAUGAAGUGGGAUGGAGAAAGCUGCAGUCUGGACUGAAUUUGCUCUUAAAGAAAUCAUGUCCUCUGGAGGUGCUGAAGAUGACAUCCCACAGGGAGAGAGGAAAACAGUUACAGAUUUUUGUUACCUUCUGGAUAAAUCUAAGCAGCUGUUCAAUGGGUUAAGAGAUUUACCACAAUAUGGGCAGAAGCAGUGGCAGUCCUAUUUUGGGAGAACUUUUGAUGUUUACACCAAACUCUGGAAGUUCCAGCAGCAGCAUCGACAGGUCUUGGAUAAUCGGUAUGGCUUGAAGCGGUGGCAAAUAGGGGAAAUUGCUUCUAAGAUUGGGCAGCUAUACUACCAUUAUUACCUACGCACAUCUGAGACCAGCUAUCUGAAUGAGGCUUUCUCCUUCUAUUCUGCAAUCCGACAGAGAUCAUAUUAUUCUCAAGUCAAUAAAGAAGACAGACCCGAGUUGGUAGUUAAGAAGCUACGAUACUAUGCAAGAUUUAUAGUAGUUUGUCUUCUUCUCAACAAAAUGGAUGUUGUGAAGGAUCUGGUAAAGGAAUUGUCCGAUGAAAUUGAAGAUUAUACUCACCGCUUUAAUACUGAAGAUCAAGUGGAAUGGAACUUGGUGCUUCAAGAAGUAGCAGCUUUCAUUGAGGCGGAUCCCGUAAUGAUAUUGAAUGAUGAUAAUACUAUCGUUAUCACAUCUAAUCGCCUUGCUGAAACGGGAGCCCCAUUGCUGGAACAGGGCAUGAUUGUGGGACAGUUAUCUCUGGCUGAUGCGCUCAUUAUUGGUAAUUGUAAUAACCAGGUUAAGUUCAGUGAACUAACUGUUGACAUGUUCCGGAUGUUACAAGCUCUUGAAAGGGAGCCAAUGAAUUUAGCUUCCCAGAUGAAUAAGCCAGGAAUGCAGGAAUCAGCUGACAAGCCUACCAGACGAGAAAACCCCCACAAGUAUCUGCUGUACAAACCCACCUUCAGUCAACUAUACACAUUCUUAGCAGCGUCUUUUAAGGAGCUGCCUGCCAAUAGUGUGCUUCUGAUUUACCUGUCAGCCACUGGCGUUUUCCCCACAGGUCGUUCUGAUAGUGAAGGUCCUUAUGACUUUGGAGGGGUACUUACUAAUAGUAACCGGGAUAUAAUAAAUGGAGAUGCCAUCCACAAACGAAAUCAAUCCCACAAAGAAAUGCACUGCCUCCACCCUGGAGACCUCUAUCCUUUCACAAGGAAGCCCCUGUUUAUCAUUGUGGAUUCAUCCAAUAGUGUUGCAUAUAAGAAUUUCACAAACUUAUUUGGACAGCCACUAGUCUGCUUGCUUUCUCCUACAGCAUAUCCAAAAGCUUUACAAGAUCAAUCUCAACGAGGUAGCCUCUUCACUCUCUUUUUGAACAAUCCUCUAAUGGCCUUCCUAUUUGUCUCUGGAUUGUCAAGCAUGCGUAGAGGCCUAUGGGAAAAGUGUCAAGAAUAUCUUCGAAAAAUCAACCGCGAUAUUGCCCAGCUACUGACCCAUUCACGUUCAAUAGAUCAGGCAUUCCUCCAGUUUUUUGGAGAUGAAUUUCUUCGCUUGCUUCUCACAAGAUUUGUCUUUUGUUCAGCCACCAUGAGGAUGCACAAGAUUUUUCGGGAAACACGAAAUUACCCAGAAUCAUAUCCACAACUGCCAAGGGAUGAAACAGUUGAGAACCCUCAUCUCCAGAAGCACAUUUUGGAAUUGGCAUCCAUUCUGGAUGUUCGAAACGUGUUCCUUGAAAAUACCAUAGAUGACUAUUAAAACAAAAAACCCUCUUGUCCAAACAAUUUUUCAUUUGCCACAGAUUUUAAAUGGUGCAGUUUUCUAAUGUGAUGACAGACACAUACAUAGUGGUGUUACUUAGUUUUUAUUUUUUAAUUUUGACCACCAUUUUAAAAACAAACUGAAAAAAAUGUUUAGACUUUUAGGAUAACUUUUAAAAUACAAUCUUUCAGGUCUUUGAAAAAACUCAAUUAAUCUUGGAAUUUUUAUUUUUAUUUUUUUGAGGUAUGAAUACUUACCGACAACAUCUGAUCCUACACUCAAGUAGUCACCCUGAGAAGAGUAAAUUAUUUAUUUUUGUAUAAUGAGGAAAAUCCAACUCUUAAACUUGGACCUUACAUGUAUGGAUUGGGAAAAUAUGUAAUUGUUCAUAGAGAUGAAAUUAGCCAGCAGGGACUCCUAAAAGUCAAGAACAGUCCUGCCAUAUUUGUUUUCAUUCCAAAUUAGUAGGCAGAAAAUGUGUGAUUCUUUGAAAUAGCACCAAGACAAUUCUUGAAAUCAUUUGUUUAAAUACUGUCAGGAUUUCAGAAAUUGUAUAGCAUUGAUUUGCAUCUGAAAACUAAAUCUUUAAUUGGGGUCUGGAGAUGAUAAAUAUCAUGUGGGAUGUGUGAGUCCUCUUUGCAUAUUUUGUUUUCCUUGUAGUCUUUGAGUUGCUGGAAAUUAAAAAGAACAACUUUUAAAUAUUUCACUUAAAAAAAUCAGAUUGUCGAUUUCCAGUAGGAAUUGUAUUUAAACUAUUAAUUCAUCAGAUCAGGUUUGAAUCCUGUCAAGAUUGAAGUCCGUGGCAUACAGUACAGAGUUUGUAAUCUUUGCCUAUUUCAAGUUUAUGAGACUUCAGAGUCAGAGAUGUUAUUAAUUUUAGUUGGUGGGUAACUGAAUUGUUAUUUAACCUAAAAUGGAAGUUGCUUUAGUAUUGAUAAUUUGGCAAUAAGAUUGUUUUUUAAACUUCUUGUAUUUAAUAUUUUAUAUUCAUGCACAAGUUUUUAUUUUAAUAGGACUCAGUGUAUAAUAUAUUUUUUUGCGUUUUGCUUCUUUAAUGUUACAGGCAUUAGCUACGAUUUUUUUUACCCCCUCUUUUGACUCCACAGCAUUCAAGUUCAAAAAGUUAUGACUCAAAAGCCCUUCUCCCUAAUUUUCUGUACAGGCUCACAUUCUACCUCUGGCAGUCCCAGGGGAAGUGAGGUGAUUGCUUUUGGUACCUCUUUCCUAUGUCCCUAGGGAAAUGUUACUGUAAUAUUUUUAACUUGGUUUUCAUUUCUGGCAUGGAGAAUUAUUUGGGUCUAAGUUAUUCAUAUACCUGUUCCAAUUUGCUGAUUUUUCACCUGAAGUCUUGAAGUUAUUGUUCUUAGUUUGGAGGGAUUUUGUGGUGUUUUAUUAAUAUUUUUACUGUUUUUGUUUGUUCUUUUAAACAUUAUUUCAGAAGGCUUUGGAAAAGUUAUUCUGGAGAGAGGUUUCCUUUGCUAGUGGGUUGUUUUUUAUUAUCAGAUAGAGACUGCUUUCCUUUUUUUUCCUGUCCCUUAGUAGACUUUAUAGCUUUCCUUUCAUCUCAGCAUUCACCUAGACUACAGCAAUAGACGGGCCUUAGUUGUCUGACCUCUUUUUUCAGUUCUCCUGAAGGUCUGUGCCAGUAAUGUUCCUAACACAUAUUUUCCUGUUCUCUGAUGCUUGAAAUAAUAUUUUACAUCCUGAGCUUUAUCCUCACCUGUUUAGCAUAAGGAACACUGGUCUGAGAACUAGGAGGCCUGAGUUCUAAUCCUGGCUGUCUUGGUAAAUAGCUUUAUGCCCUUGACAGGUGUCUUGAUUUCUCUGCUUUUUAGCAUGCUCAUCUGUAAAAUAAAGGCAUUGGCCCAAGGUCCAAUCCAACUGUAUGGUUUUAUAAUUUGAACUCUUGGUCCCAAAAGAUAUUUUCCCCAGCCCUGCCACCUUGAAAACUGAUUUUAGUGUACACAUUUUCUUUUCUAGAUCGUAUUUACCUGGCUUUUAUUCAAGAAAAUAUCUGCGUCCUACUUAGUUGUUGUAGAAACUAGUUCAGAGAGAGGAUCUCCUGAAAUUAAUAUUAGAGCUUUUGUAUUUAGAAAUGUGUUUGUCUAAGAACAAGGGAUCUUAGAAUCACAACUAGAGAUUAGAUGAUGAUAUUGCUCCUUAAGCUAAUAGUAGUGUAAUUCCUUACUGGUAGUUAAAACCUAAAGUGAACUGAAGUGAUCUUGAGAGGAAAACUGCUAGAAAAUUCUAAACUAUUGUUUCAUUCAUGCUUUAAAAAAAAAAAUGUGUAUUGAACAACAGCUAUCCAUACUCCCGAUUUUGUUCUAGGCAUUGGGGAAGCAAACAAAGUAAACUUUAAAAAUUCUUGUCUUCAUGAAGCUUCCAUUCUAGUAGGAGGAGUCAUGCAAGAGACAUAAUAAAUAAGUAAAUUUAUGUUAGAAAGUUAGAAGUAGUAUGAAGAAAAGUUAGAGCGUGGUAAGGGAAGUGUUCUGUUUGUUUUGGGGCAAAGAGCAAUGUUGAAAUCAGUGAUCAGGGUAGGCCUUACGAGAAGAUUACAUUUGUGCAGACACUUCUUAUUUGUCUUUUCUCUCUCUUUUUUUUUUUUUUUUUACUUUUUAUUAUGAAAGUUUUAAAUAUUCACAGAGAUUAAUGAACCCUCUUUUACCCACUACCCAGCUUCUACAUUUUAAGUCAUUAAAUCAAAGAAGAAAUCUAAAAGGACAAUCACCCAGUGGGCUCAAGAUAGUAGAUGCACACCACUCCCCUUUAUAAAUAUAAAAAUAUUAAGCCUUGUAUUUAUUUAUUUUUAGAAUUCACAGAAAUUUGAAUACUGGAACUAAGAACAAAGCAAAGCAAUGGGAAAGGGUGCUUCAUUGUUUUCAAAUUGCACAAACUACCCCUUGGAGAUUCUGAUACAGUUUCUCACCCCCCCAAGAAUCACUGUAAACAAAAUAGAAAAUAUAAGACUGCAAGAAGCCAGUAAUACACAAAACAAAAUUAAGCACAAUGGAAUUAUUUUCUCUUUUUUUAUCUGUGUAUUUCUGAGUUGGUAAAGCAACUACCCUAUUUUACAGAGGAGAAAUCUGAGGACCUCUCCCUGCCUCCCCCAAAACAAACAAACAAACAAACAAAAACAGAAACUGUCAGUUUAUUCGCAGUGAUAGAGCUAGAACUAAAUCUCAAAUCUCCUAAUCUCAGCCCAGUCUUUCUGUAGCUCAGGUUGCUUUCUAUAGAACAAGAAAGAAAAAAUUAGAGAUUUAUAUUUUGGCACAAAGGUUAUGGUAUUUUUAAUAUAUCAAAUAUUGAAACCAGUAAAUCAGUCAUCCCUAGCAAAUUUGUAUUUAUUAAUUAUAAAAAAAAUUCCACAAGUUUGACACUUUAUCUUUGAUUUUAGCCAGGAUAUAUUCUUUGUGUGGGUGUGUGUUUUUUCCUCCUAGGAAGUGGUGCUCACAAAACCUCUCAAAGCACAUAGAAUUUAUUGUACCCUUAAUAUUUUUAGCAAGUUGAAAUAUUUUGAGAUUAUAAAAGCCAAGUGAAAUCUCAUCAUGACUGAAGUUUUCCUGAUCUAGGAUCUGGGUUUUAUUUUUUCUCACUAGUGACUACUGCCCUUUAUUUCCUUCUUGCAAUAGAAUUCCCUGGAACAGAUUAGGUGGUGAGAGGACUGAAUGUCAUCCAGGGUACUGGGAAAAGCAACAAAUCUGCUUUUUCGCAUAUAAAUUAUGGAGCUUUCUGUAGCAUUCUUCUCCAAAUUUAAUCUCUGACUUUUAUGACAUAGUAACUUUUUGUCUCGUAGAAGGGGUUUGGACUCAGUUGAAAAUCUUGUGCUUAGUUAUCCACGGAGACUUGUAAUGAGCCUGAUAUACAGAGAACACCCUGGACUGGAAAUAUAGUAAGGUACCAAGGUCUGCAAUUUGGCUUCUGCCAGUGAUUCAGAACCACCUCCCCACCCUAAGUGAGUAAAAGGAUUUGCAAUAUGAAUGGUACGAAUCUCCUGGUAAUAUUUUGGGUGUAUAUAUAUGUUCCUGUGUUUUGGAGAGUAUAAAGAGUAUUUACAUUGGGGGCUCUUUUGAUGACUUUAUUUAUUUGAAAUUCUUAUUUGUAAUGGCAUGUGCAUAUUUUUAUGAUGCUAAAUGCAAUCUCUGUGUAUACUUUUUGUAUAUAUGUACAUAUUUGUAAAUAUAUUGGUAUGCAGUGAUACAGUUUGUGUAUAUUAUAUACCCAUACCCAUUGUGGGCUGAAUUUAUUUAAGUUCUGUGAGGACAUCAUAGUGGCAUUGUUCAUGCUGCUGUAAUUAGGUUGUGGCUGUAUCUCAUUCAUGAGCUUCUAUUUUGAGGGGCUUGUGUUUGGGUAAAAUGGGCUAAUUUGGAGUUGAAAUUAAGACACAAAGAUCUUAACAGAAAGCUGGAUAUUCUUAGCUUUAAAAUCAUCUACCAAUUUUCAUUUAAAUUGAUGAUAAAUUAGUGAUAUAAACCUGAAAAACCUAAGUAUGUGAAACUGAGACACCAGCAGGUUCUUAAGCUAUAUUAAUUAGUCCUUUAUUUUAUUGAUCCAUAGUUGAGUAUUAUUACUGAGUAGUAAAGUAUGUAUACUGAGAAUCAAGGGGCUGUGGAAAAACAUUACUUUGAUCACAUUUCAAAAUAGAUAGGGAAAUGUCCUUUAAAUAGGAAAUAUGUUCCUAGUUUCCAUUUCAAUACCUGAUACUGAAUUUUAAUUGUGGAACUUUUCUCUCUUUUUUUUUUUUUUUUACCAAUGUGUCUCAUUUUAUAUCUGUCUCUGUGAGGCAGAAAAAGGGGCAUUAGCUAGGAUAAGGCUUCACCGAGGUGGGGUGGAAUUUACUGAGGAACAGGAGGUUGUUAAUCUGUAUAUUUGCAGCAGCUGUGAUCAAUUUAGUCCUGUCUUGGCAUUUCCGACUAUAGAUUAUUCUUAUUGGAGCUGCAUAUCAAAGAUGAGUGUGUUCAUCUGAGAAAAUGCUUCCAGUGAAUAAAAUGCCUCCAAGUUAUAUUUCUUUGUCUCUAUGAGACCACUUGUGUUCUGCAAAUUGAUGAUAUAUUCACACAUGAGGUAGGAUUCUUAAUGUUAUGUACAUGGUGUGCUAUAAAAUCUGGGCCUUCAAACCUCUACCAAAGAUGACGGGUGGGGGAGGAUAAGAGGAUAGUAAUUAUGUGCAGUGCCAAUUUGUGAACCUAUGAAAUAUCACAAAGCAUCUCCUCUCUUCACUGGGCAUGUUUAUUUGCAUGGAAGCGUGUAAAAGAUGUUUAAUAUACUUGAAUACGUUCACCGCAGAAAUUAAGUAGAGAUUAUUUUUACAUGAUAAAAUAUCACUGCAAAGCAACUGUUUACUUCAUUAUUCUUCAGAGGAUUAAAUCUGUCUUAUCCAACAUUAAAUUAUAUUAGAGAAGUUAGAGUCAGGAGUCGAUUGUACCACCUCCAAAAUGUUACAUUUGCCUCAUCAUUGUACAUCAAGUUAUAAAUGUUAAAAUUUGGUAGUGUCCCAUUUUGGAAAAAUCAGUGAAAAUGUUCGUAGCAUUUGAUGUCCUGUUUUAGUAACCAAAUCAUUUAUUGCAAUGGGAGAGUAGCGGAGCAGAUGUUGUGCUAUUUAAAAUUCAUGGAAUUGACUCAGGCUCAGUGUGAACAUUGAUUUGAGGAAAGUAGCAGCAGUAGGUGCAGUAGAUGAGAUUGACAUUGUGAAUGACCUCUGACUCUAACAGUUAUAAAGCUAGUUCCUUUGCAGUUAAAUAAGGUAAGAAUUGCUCAGACAACCAAGCCCUUUCCCCGUUCUCCUGUACUCUUUCACAUUGAUACUUCAUACCUACUCAUGCUGUACCUCCCAUUCUUUCCUGGAUAGUCAGACCAGUUGAAUUAAAAAAAAAAAUUUUUUUUAAGGCAAUUUGUUUUCCUCAAUCUAGAAUUUCAAAAUAAAUUAUGCCCCAGCUUCACUGAGUUUUUGAACACAGAUUUCUGAAGCAUGCCUUAUGUUUAAAGAAAAAUUGACGUGUGAAUGGAAUCAAUCACCUAUUAAAGAGAAGGGUGUCAGAAGGAUCAUAUAGGGGGCGUGCCCUUAAUUGGGUAAAGAUAAAUGUAUUAAUAUAACUAAUUUGUUGGUGCCAUAGAAAUACUUCUUUCGGAACUCUGUAGAUGUGAAAUGUUUUCUUAAGCUAAAAUUGGUAUUUUUCACUUAUUAGAUUGAUAUAAUACUGACUUUUGAGAAGAAUUCCAUUUCUGCAUAACGCUGUUACUUAAUCACUGAUUGAAGCACCAUUUUUUAAUUUUAAAAUAUUUUUGUUAAUUUCUUUUUGUGGUUUUUUUAAAGUUAUUUUAGAAGCAAGUUAUCAAAUUACUUGAAGCAGUGUGAUUUUUUUUAAACAUAUUUGAACAGUAGAUCAGAGUUUUUAAUAAUUUUGAAGUAUGUUAAUUCUGCACUCCAGGUUCACCUAAUCAUCAAACCUGAAUUUGGUCACAGAACAGACUAUAAAUUGGGAAUAUUUUCCUAUUUUGGUGGACAAUUCCAGUCUAUAUCCUAAGACAAUCAUCUUUUUAGGUGUAGUAUUGUUUAUUGAGACAUUGGUAAUUUCAGGGUUCAUAGGCUUAUGGAAUGAAAGUUAGUAGCCUGAGUGAUUACAUCACUUUCAGAAUGAGAUAGGAAUUAUAGCUAGCCUUCCUAUAGGUCUUCAGUAAACAAUAUUUAAUAUUUUGUUACUAAUACUUUUUUGGAGCUAUCGUGAAUGUCCACUUGUCCAUGAUUUAAAAUUAAGAUUAGUAAACAUUAUGAUUUGACCCUUAAGUUUUCUCAAACAUCAAAUCAGUGCAAUUAACCAUUGUAAAAUGUGAAAUCAUCAUAUAUGAUUAUCCUAACGUAAAUAUUUCCAAACCAUAGAGAAAUAACCACUGUAUUUUUAAAAAUCUUAUUCCUAUCCUCCUUUGCAUGUUACUGAUUUUUUUUCUAAAUUAUAAACAUGUGUUGUGAUAUAUUAAAACUCUGCAAGAAAAAUUGCUUAAAAUGUUUUAGGGCAAUAAGAAUUUUUAUUACUAUUUCUUGAAGAAUGAGUUUUUUAAACUCUUGUUUAUCUUUUAUUAAAAAGAACUUUUAAUGGUUCAGUAAAAUAUUUUAGGAGUUUGUGUUCAUAGCUUUUUAUAUAGUUAUCUGGGUACAUUCCUUUUGUCACAUAGACCAUAUGGCUAGUUCUCCAACUGUUUUGUUUGUUUGUUUUUAAUAAACCUUGCCGUUCAACAAUCAGAGAGUCUUAUAUUUUGGAGGCUUCUUCUAGUUGAGGUAGAAAGGUCUUAGAUAUUAGGAAAGGCGGGUAUAGUGUCCUAACAUUUUAAUAGUAGAGCUUACAAGAGAAGGAAUUUAUCCAAAUAGGUUUUCAAUGUGUAGCACCAGUACAAAUAGUGGUUUCAUUAAUCAUUGAAUCUGAUGAAGCAGUUAUUAAUCAUCUCUUACUUUGUGCUAAAGAUUAUUGUCAUUUCAGGCCACAUUAUUAUUUUCUCUGAGCAGUUUCCAUUGUAAGGUUGAAUAUCUUUUUUUCACUAAAAAUAAUGGUGAGUCUAUUGUCUAUGUUAUGAAUAUUAGGCAGAAAUGCACUUGUUUCAUUCAUAGCAGAAAUUACAUUUGGAGAAUAACUUGAUUUUCUAGUGGUGUGAAAUACUUUUUAAAAAUUGUGCUUGUCUGUAACUGAAAUGUUAUAGAAUUAUAACACUUUAGGGAUUCUAGAGUUAUAUUUAUUAGCUCUUCUCAAGAGAAUGAAGCACAAUAACUUUCAUGUAACAGUUCUUAUCCAAGUGCUGCUAAUCUGUCGUGCAAAUAAUGAAGCUGUUUGGUUGCCUAUCUAGCUAUUUACAGAUCACUGUAAUCCUUGAGACAGUCUUGUUGCUCGUUUGUAUUAAAUUUUGGGUACUGUGGGUUAAUACUUUAGAACAAAAUCCAUUAACUCAGCUCUGUGAGACAGCAAACCAUUAUAUAUAUAUAUAUAUAUAUAUAUAUAUAUAUAUAUAUUACUAGUAGAGUAAAUUUUGAAGGGGCUAUUUACUACCAAUGACUAAGGGGGAAAUUAUAUUGUCAAUAUCAUUUGACUUGAACGUUUGUGGUAUUGUAAAAGUCUUGUCUGUUGUGUUUCUAAAUUGCUUUAGCCAUACAUGAUCUUAAAGAUGUUUUUGUUACGUUCCUUUUCAGCAGCCUCUUUCUCUGCUUUGUCUGUUAUGGUUAAUACUUCAUAGAUUUUAGAAAUUGAGAGGUUAUUGAAACAUUUUAUUUUCUUGAGUUCAUCACAUUUGACUCUUGUAAAUGUGAUUUGUCAUAAAGGAUAGCAAGCCUUUCACUAACUACUUCACUAAAUGAAUUUCAGAGUAAACACUGUGAUUCUGCAGAUUGGAGUCAGUAGGCCCCUGUCUUUCCAAUGUUUUCUUCUGUUAUAUGGUGCCUAUCACCUGGAGGGCACUCAAAUACUAGAGGAUGGAAAGUUAAACAUUGUCAUUUUGAUGUUCAUUGAGUAACCAGAUUACAGAAUAUUUGAUUUUUUGUUGUCAGUGUAUUGAAAGCAUUUUUGCAUUGAUAAGUGUUCUCUAGGAAUGUGACUACAUUCAUCAGGUGUGAACUCUUGUAAAUGAAUUUUGUAUCUUGAAUUCACGUAUAUAUUAAGUGUAUCAUCAAUAUAAAAAUAAACAUUAUUUGCUUA